AGUUCAGAUGUAUAUGUGUCCAAACCAAAAGCGUCGAGAGGAAGCAUGAAGCUAUGGAUUCGUUUUCGAACUUUUUUGUAACUCAAGCAUAGAAUUGAAAUGGAUAUCUGUAUAUUUCUCUACACGUUUGUCUUACGUUUUUCAUUCAGGUCCUUUUCAGUAUGUUUAGUGUGUUGAUUGCUGGACUGGAUCUUACUGCCAAGGGCCUCCCCAAGUGGAUGGAGGUGAAGGAUCCUGACCACCUCACAGUGGAUGAAAAGAAGCGCAUUAUUCAUCAUGCUGACAAGCAGGUCGAAGCUGCUCAGGCGGCUUGCAUGAAGAACAAGUCUCUGGGUGCCAGGUGUAUUUUUUGGGGACAGCACUCCAACAAGGAGCUUGCCAUCGCCAAGGCCAUCGCCUCGCAUUGAUCUUGACAUCAUCAUCAUGCCUUGGUCUUUGUCACCCUUGUGUUCCGACAUUUUGUUUCAUGUAGAGUUCCAA